AUGAAGAAAACCUUAAUAACAUUCUUGUUGUUGAUGGUUGUGGUUAUCUCUUCGAAAAUUGAAGCAGCAGAGCUUAGAACUCAAAGUAUAUAUAUAUAAUACACUAGGGAUGACCUACACUGAAGCAUAAAAUCUAGAUGUUACUCAUUUAAAUUGUCACACUGAUUUCGAAUAUAUAAUAGGAGAGCUUGCAAGAUGGAUUGAUAUUAUAGAUAAUAGAGAACAAUUGAUAAAGGAUCUAGCAAUAAUUAAUUAAGUUAUAAGCAUUGUAGAAAAAGCAAAAGGUACAAUAUCAGUAAUACAAUCAUCAAUGCUUGUGUAAAUAGAAAGUAAAGUGAGCAAAUCACUAAAGAGUAUAUUUACAUAAAGCAAAUGGGCAGCUUGUAAAGUAGAAGAUGCCCUCGAAUAUGUAGCUUAAUUAAAUGCCACUUAAUGUAUAGAUUUUAAUUUUAACUUUAGCAAACGAAGAAAAAAUUGCUUUAGCAAAUAAAAUUAUAGAACAUUUGAGAUAGACCUAAGAGCAAAUCUAUUAAUACUUAGAUUAAUGCCAAUAUGCAAAGCGUACUUUAGGUUUGAGGUAAAAGAUAAGUUAGCUUCAAACUCUUAAAAGAGGGUGUGAUUAAGAAAUAAAAAAGCCAACAAUAAUAAUAGAGAAUGAUCCAGAGGAUGAAGUGAUUAAUUUUGAUGAAGACACAGAGGAAAUCAUAUAUUAUUAUUUUGAAGAAGAAGAUAUUGAAACUCCUUCAGAUUAUAUUUAUAAUGAACCUCAACAUUAUACAUAUCCAACAUAUAAGGAUGAGACUUAAAAACCAUAAAAAAAACAAAUUAAAAAGUUAGUACCAAAAGAAAUAGUUGAAGAAAUUAAAGGAAAUAAAAGAUAUGUAGCUUUAGGUCAUGAAAUUGAAGGAGAGGUUAAAGAGACUACUGAUGAAACAUAAACUUAAUAAGAAGAAUCCGAAUUAGUUAUAUAAGCAGCAAAAGUUAGUAAAAUAGAUGGCUUAAAUGAUGAAGAUGAAACUGAAAAAGAUAAGGGAGGUGAUGAGUCUAAAGAAUAAUAAAAUGGAGAAGAAACUUAAGAAACAGGAAGUAGCGAAUAACAAUAAAUAAAAGUUGAAAAUCAUGAUAAUCCUUUGUCAUAAGAUGAAUCAGAAACAAAAAAAGAUGUAAUUAUUGAAGAAACUAAAACUGGUUCUGAUGAAAGUAGUAUUACAGAAGAUAAAAUUACAACAGUGAAUAAUACUGAAGUAACAGAUGAUCAAAUAGAUGAAAAAAAAUCAACUACUAAAGAUACUACAGAAUCUAUAGCAGAAGGAACAGAAGAAUCAAUUGAUGAAUCAAAAGAAACUAAAGAGGAUGAAAAACAAGAUUAAACUAAAGAAUCUUCAUAAACAACAACAAAUGACGAAUCAGAAUCUGUUACAAAUCAAAAAUAAGAAGAGUCAUCAGAUAAAAAAGCAGAACCUAUUUAGUAAGAAAAAUAAGAUCAAACCUAAUCUUAAGGUAGUAAUAAUUAAAAAACAGAAGAUGAAAAAGAAGAAAUAACUAUUGAUAAUUAAACUAAUAAUUCAGAUGAUAAAAAAGAUGUGAAAAUUGAAUCAUCUAAAGUUGUUAAACAUUAAGAGGGUGAAUAAAAGUAAGAAGGAGAAUAGUAGCAAGAAGGUGAAUAAUAAUAAUAAGGUGAAUAAAAAUAAGAGGGAGAAGAAAUAUAAUAAGAUGAAUAAAAAUAAGAGAGAGUAGAAAAUUAAUAAGGUGAAUAAACACAAGAGGGUGAAUAAAAAUAAGAGAGUGAAUAGAAAUAAGAAUAAAAAUAAGAAGGUGAAUAAUAAUCUAAUGAAAAGAAAAAAAGAUAAUAAACUUCAGAUGAUCGUUCAUUAAAAAUAUAAUCAUUAAGAGAACAACCUAAUCCAAAUGAACCAACAUAAUUUUAACCACCAAAACAUCGAGCUAAUGCAGGUCGUGUUUAAGAAAGAAAGGUAGUAGCAGUAAAUACAAAAUAUUAAAAUUCUGAUUUCGAUGGUGAUCCUACAGAAUAAUUUGAAUUUAAUGAUAGAUCAUUACUCUAAGACUCAUCUGAAUAUGGUUAUGGAUAUUGGGUUAAAUAUACAGAACAUGGAGUAAAGGAACAUAGUAAAGAAGAUGGAGAAUACUAUUUCUUAUCAAGAAUGACUAUAAAUGAAGAAUAUGAAGAUUUUUCAUUUUAUGGAGAUAGAACAUUAGCAGUAUUCAUGAUAGAUAAUUCAUUUGUAUUCAGUACAUAUGAUACAAGUGAGAAAUUGAAGACUAAAGAUAAGGCAGUAGUUUUAAAUGAGAAUAUGGAUAGUAUGUGGUAUUUUGUAAUGUUCUCUUACAGUAAUCCAUUAAGAAGAGCUGUUGGUUAUAUUGCAAGUUAUGGAGAAGGAAAUGGAAUAUAUAGAGUAGAAAUAGAAGCUACUCACAUUCCACCAUCAUAUAUAAAAAUAAUAUUUGGUGGCAAACAUUUGAAUUACAAGGGAUUAAAUGGAUAAUUUGCAAAUAUCUUCUUUGAUAUUGAUUCUCCAGCAUUUGUUGAUGGAGAUGAGGCAUUAGAAGAAGUGCUAAAAAGUUUGAGUAAUCCACCUUAAAGUGUUCCUGCAAUGAUAGAUGAAACAGUAAUAUAAAAACCUAAACAUUUUAAUGCUAAUGAUAAGGGAGAAUAGUUUCAUUUUGAUCCAUAAGAAUCUUAAUUAAUAAUUGAAGAAUAUGCUGUUGGAUUAUGGUUUAGAUGGGUAGAUGAUUUAAAAGUAGAUGAACCAAAUACAUUUUAGAUAAUAAAUUUAAGAUCAAAUAAAGUUAAAACUGCAGGAAAAGGUGUAUUAGGAGAUAGAGCAUUAGAAAUACAUCACACUUAUGGUGGUGGUGCUAAGAGUACAGUCUAUUUUAAUACUUAUACAAUUAAGGGUAAUAGAGCAAAAGGAUUACCUUAUUUAUCAAAGACAGUAGAGAGUCCUCAAUUUAUAUGGACAUAUGUAUAUUUUGGAUAUGAUAAUGAUGGAGGACGUGCUUAUGGUGCUUUAAUUAAACCAGGAGAGGUUGGAGAAAUUUAAUAUGAAGGCAUUUAACAUAAAUUAGUUAAUUCUUUGAGUGUAACUUUGGGCGGUGAUGAUAUUAUAUCUCCAUUUAAUGGUAUGAUUGGUUAUGUUGGAAUUUAUCUUGGAACUGGGGCAUACAGAUAGGGUUUAGCAUUUGAAAUGACAUUUAAUUAUGGUGAAGGAGUUAUGGGUUUAUAUUAAGUUGGCAAACCAGUUACUUAUAUUGCAGGAGAUGCUAAUUAAGCUAGACAUGUAGCAUAUGAUGCUCCAGAUAAUGUUGUUGAUAAAAUUAUUAUUCAUAAUGAAGAUGGAAUGAGAAUUAAUGGAUAGAGUGAAUAUUCAUUUGGAUUAUGGACCAGAUGGUUGAGUACAUUGCCUAAAUAUUUGAAUAAGAGAUCGCCUAUACACACUAUUGCAAGAAUGGGUACAUAAGGAUAUGUUAUAGAAUCUAUUGACGGAAAAUUAGUUAGAUCUAAUGCUAAUAGACCCAAUACACCUAAAGAUAAUACUUUAUCAAUAUCUUUAACUCCAAAUUCUUAUGAAUUUUAAACUUUAGAAUUGAAAGAUGAUAUUUAAUUUGAAUAAUUAGAAGGACACUGGAAUUAUUUAUACUUUGGAUAUAUAAGACAUGGUAAUUAAGGAUUGGCAAAAGGAUAUGUUUAAUUUGGUGUAGAUGGAGAGGUUGAAGAAGUUAUUUUUGAUACUUAUCAUGAUUUUCUACUUGAGUAUGUUGAAUUCAUUGUUGGUAAAACAUCAGCUCCAUUAUUCAAUGGAGAAAUGGCAAAAAUAUCAUUUUCUUUUGGACCUGGAUCAUUCAUUCAUACAAUAGAAACUUUAAGAAUCUUUACAUAAAAUACUUUACCAGAAAAAGCUUAGAUUCAUCCAGUAUCGAGACAAACAUUAUAGUUGGUAGGUGCACCUUAACAACUUAAGGAAGAACCAAUUUAAUUUGAGUUUGAUAAAUAUUAAGGAGCUGAAGAAUAUGCACUUUCUGGAUGGGUGAGAUGGAGUGGUCCAUUAGUAACUGGUAAAGUUUCUCAUCUCAUAACAAUGGCUUAAAAGAGAUUAGAAGAUUUAGAUGGUAAAAAUGAAGAAACUUUGUAAAUCAUUAGGGGAGAUUAAGCUUUUACUUUUGUGACUUAUAAUCAAAAUUAGGAUGAAUAUAAAUUAGUAACUUAAGAUGAAGCUUAUGGUGAAUAUGCUGAUUAAUGGACAUAUAUUUAUUUCGGAUAUUCAUAAUAGAAAUAAUAAACUUAUGGUUAUUUGAAAUACACAUUUACAGAAACUGAAUUUAAAUAAGAAAAAAUAAAUCAUUUUUACCUAGCAGUAUUUUCAGUUUUAAUUUAAGAGAAAUAAUAAUAUACUUAAUUUAUUGGUCAUAUAAAAACAUGGGUUAUAAAUAUUGGAGAUGGAGCAUAUAGAGAAGGAGGAUUUGAUGAAAAUGAAAAUAUAAAAGUUCAUUUUGGAUUUAUCAGUGGCACAGAUCAUAUAAAAUUAUAAUAAGCUGGACAGGAAGCACAUCAUGAAGAGACAAUAUUAGAAUGUUCAUCUUAAAGUGAUGAAGUGCCUUUACAUAUUGAAUUCUAAUAAAGUGAUAAAUUGCACUUACAUGGUGUUAGUGAAUAUGGUUAUGGAUAUUGGAUUAAAUUCUAAUAUUUUGGAAAUAAGAAUACAAUUUAUAGUAGACCUUAAUUAAUGGGAUUAAGUAGAUUGACUAGUAAUAAGUAAUACAAAGAUUUUGAUAAUCCAGGAGAUAGAGUACUUUUAGUUUUAUUAGGAAAGUAAUCCUAUCAUUUUGGAACUUAUGAUGUAAUUACUAAAUCAAAUAAUGUUGCAGGAGAUAUCCCAUAUUAAAUUGAAUCUGAAGGUGAGUGGACUUAUCUUUAUUUCAGUUUUAAGAGAAUCUCUUAGACCUAAGGACAUGCAAUGGCAUUUACUCAUUAUUAGGAUACUACAUCAGGUAUUUAAAUGGAUGUUAUGCAUUCAUUAUUAACUGAUUAUUUAUAAUUGACUGUAGGUAAUGCAGGCAAAUAUUACUCAAAUUUCAAUGGAUAAAUAACUACCAUUAGAUUUAAUCUAGGGCCAGGUGCUUACAUUGACAAUAAAUAAGGUUUAUUACAAAGAAUUAAGAAUAAAGAUGUAAUGCCUGAUAUUUUAGCCCCAGCCAAAAAAUACGAAGUCUUGAUUGGAAAACAUGAUAUUACUAAGAUAGAGGAGGAUUAACACAUUACUCAUGUUAAUGAAGAAGCUAGGGAAUAUAGUGUUCAAUUAUGGUUCAGAUGGUUCAAAUAAACAGUGAAGAGUUAAUAAUUGAUUUAUAGAUUCACCUCUUCAAAUCCUGAUUCAUUAGGAGAUGCAUAAAAAAUUGGAGAUAGAACAUUGGCUCUAUUUCAUACUGAUGGUGUAGAAUUCAGUACUUACAAUUUAAAUCCACUUUCUUUAUCGAAUACUUAUUAAGCAUAGAUUCCAUACUAAUAAUUAGAAGUUUGGACUUUUGUUUAUUUUGGUUAUUCUAAGCAUCAUUAAAAGAUUAGUUAUUAUUUAUUAGCUGAUGAUAAUGAACACAAAGGAUUAGAAUAAGCUUUGCAUGCUGUUUCAUCUCAUUAUUGGUUAUUCUUAGUGAAGGAUGCUAUGAUAAAACCAUUUGAUAGUAGAUUGGCUCAAGUUAUUUUGAAUAUUGGAGAUGGAAGUUACAGAUAAGAUAACUUUAACACUCUCUAAGUUUAUUUAGCUGCGCCUAAAUUGUUUAGUUCCGAUAGUAAAUUUGAUUGGGAAGCAGAUGACACAAUCACAUUAGUGUCUGAAGAUCCAGAUAAAUAAGGUUUAAAAAUUACAUUCUCUGAACCAGAUAGAAAAAUAGAAAGUGUUUAAGAAUAUUCUGUGGGUUUAUGGACAAGAUUCCUGUAAGCAUGGCCAGAAAGAUUAUGGCAUACACCAUCUGAAAUGUAGAUUUUAAGAUUAACUUAUAAUGAUGAAGUAGAACACGGAAAAAUUGCCUUAGGUGACAGAGUGUUAAGUGCUUAAGUUGUUUUAGAAAAUUAUUAAUUUGGUACUUACGAUUUAAAUGAUGAUUCUCCUAAUGAGAUUAGUACAAUUCCUUACGUUCAUUUAGAAGGAAAAUGGCAUUAUAUAUAUGUUGGUUACAAGAGAUAAUUAUAAUAAGCAAAUUACUUUGUAUAUGACGGAGAUGAAAUUAAACAUGCAGCAAAUGAGAAACUAUUACAUAAACCUUUAGGAGAUUACAUUCAUUUGAUUUUGGGAGGAGAAAAGAAUGUAUCACCAUUCUAAGGUCUAUUUACAGAAGUAUCAGCUCAUUUUGGUGUAGGAUCAUUCAUUUCAUCAGGAGAAGAACUAAUGAAAUCAAUUGAUACUAGUUUUGCAUUGCCUUAGGAAUUAACUGUUGAUUAUAUUCAUAAAUAAAAGCAUGGUUAAUAACAAUUGAUUGGUGAAAGUGAUAAUAAUGAAGGAAGUGAAAGCACUGGAGAUACUUGGAGUGGUGUAGGUGAAUAUGCUAUUUCUGGUUGGUUUAAGGUAGCAGAAACAUAAGUGAAAAAAGAAGGAGAAAUUAAUUCCCCUUGUUAAAUACUAUUUAGAAUAACAAACAAUGAAAAAGAACAUUUAAGUGAUCGUAAAUCAUAAGGUGAUAGAGCAUUACAUGCUUAAAUAUGUACAAGUGAUACUGUAAAAUUGAGUACAUAUACUUUGAAAGGAUUGAAGGAUUGGAAUGAAGCUAAAUUCUUAGAAGAGAAAGUUGAACUUGGAAAUUCAAAAAAGGCUUGGGCAUAUUUAUAUAUGGCUUACAAUGAAAAUUUAGGUGAAGUUCAUACAUUAUUACAUUUAUUUGAAGAGGAUAAACCUGUUAUUUUUAAGGGAGUUUAACAUUUUGUUCCUCAUUUCAUAGGAAUUUAUGUAGGUAAAGAUCCACAUAGCAGAAGAUUUUAAGGAGAAUUGCAAAAAUGGGUUGCUUAAUAUGGUUAAGGAGCAUUUGUUGAUGUAAUGAAGAAAGGUUAUGAAGAUACUCUACCAAACUUUAGACAUAUUUAAAUUAAUUAAAAAUAUCUUUGGUUUGAAAAAGAAGAUAGAAUUAUUUAAACACCUGAAAAAGUUGAAUAAACAUUUACAUCUGAAACAGAAUCAGUAGAUGAAUAUGCAGUUGGUGUAUGGACAAGAUGGUUAAUAGCAUUUCCAUCUACUUUAACAGAAAGAGCUGAUGUUCAUACUAUCUUUAGAUUUUCAAGUACUCGUUAAUAUUAAGAUAAGAGUGAAUUAGGAAAUAGAGUAUUAUCUGCUUUCUUAACUAAAGGAAAUUAUGAAUUUAGUACAUAUGAUGUAUCUAAACCUUCUAAUGCUGUUGAUGCAUAAUUACCUUAUGAAAAUAUAGAAGGUGAAUGGACUUAUGUAUAUGCCGCUUACAAGAAUAAAAAUUUCUAUGGAAUGGUCUUAUUUAAGGAAUAAUAAAAGGCAGUUCAUCUUAAUCUUGAAGUAACACAUUCAGUUUUAACUGGAUAUGCUCAUUUUGUUUUAGGAUCAAAUGAAUUUGGUUAUAAAGCAUUCCAUGGUUGGUUUUAUGAUCCUAGAAUAUUUUUAGGAUCUGGAAGCUUUAUAAAUGAAUCACAAAAAGUUGUUGAGAUGAUCCAUAAAUUGCACAGAAAAUUACCUGCUUCACCUUAAUAAGCUGAAGAUUUUAAAUGGCCAGUCUCAUUAUUGGAUACAACAAAUUAAGAUGAUCUUGAUUCUAAAAAAAAUCAAUUAAAUUUUGAAUUUACAGAUAAAGCAGAAAUGUAAUCUUAUAGUAUUGGAUUCUGGUUCCAAAAUGCAAUCUUACUCCCAGAAAUGGAAAAUGAUUUCACUGCCUUAGUUCGUUUAACUACUAAUGGUCCUGAUCUUGCUGCUGAUGAUAAGUUUAUUGGAGAUAGAACCUUAGCUUUCUUUACUAAAACAGAUAAAUUGAUGGCUAGUACCUAUACAAUUAAAGAUCCAUCAUUUGAACCAUUAUCUCAUACUUUUGAUAUCAAAGAACAUUAAUGGACUUUUGUUUACUUUGGAUAUGAGAAGCAUCAUGCUAGAGCUUAUGUACUCACUCCUUAAGGACCUACUGAUAAAACUUUCAUUGCUUAACAUAUUGUUCCUAAUGUAUUUUACUUAAGAAUUGUUAAUGAUCUUGGACAUCCAUCUUUUUGGGUAUUUUACUCUAUUUAAUUUAUAGGGAAAAAUCUAUGGUUUGAAAGUCAAUUUUGGAGAUGGUAGUUAUCUUGAAAAUCCAUUAGAAUUAAUUGACAAAUGGCCUUAUGAUCCAAAAAAACAUUAAGAUAUUGAUAAAUAAGGAGAAAAGAUCUUAUGUACCUAAAUUAUAAUAUAUUAGCUAUUAAUUCUGCAAAAGUUACAAAAUCCAAGAAUGAAGAUGUUAAACAAUGAGC